AUGUUCUGGGCACCACUGCAAGAAAAACGGGAAAUCAUGCAACAAAAAAUUCGGGACUUGUCUCUUCAACUGUCAGUUAUCGGGGGUGAAGCAAUCGAUGGCCACAGCCUGCUAAGCUUCCGACCCAGCCAGUGGCUAAGUACGACAGCGAUUUUGGUCGUGAUGAAAGCUCUAGCGCUGAAGUACCAUGACGUGGGCGUUGCAAGUCCCUCCUUCUUGGAACCGAAGGCACCCGAUCGCAAGCGAGUGGUUGCGAAUGCAUACAAGGCCUUUUCUCCCGUCAAGGGCGACAUUAUUGGAGCGUUGAACUUUGGCUCGGCACAUUGGGUCGCCUUCCACAUUAAUGUGAAGUCGAGACAGUCCCGGCUUUUUGAUCCUCAACAAGGCGCCAAAAAUUACGUCAAGCUAAAGAAGAGCUUGAGGGAAGUGGUGGAGCCGCUGCUACCGAUGGACACAAAGCUCAUGUACUUCAAGUACGUUUCGUGUGUGCAACAAGACUCCGAUAAUUGCGGUAUAUUAUGUCUUGUUAUGCUGGAGCUCACUCUAGCAAAGGAAAAAUGGCACAAGGGAUUAUACAAACUAGCGCCGUACCUAUGCCUGCGCUAUCUGAACCUGAGCUUAGAUUACAUCAACGAUCGACGUCUCGAGGGGAACUAG